AUGACGGCAGCAUUUAAUUUGAGUGUUCGCUGCGAUUAUCCAAUUGAAGAUUAUUUGGCGGUCAAAAACUCGAGAGAUUUUACCGGAAAAGUAGUUUUGGUUACGGGAUCUAACUCUGGUAUAGGCGCCGGUAUUGUCAAACUGUUUUCAAUACUCGGUGCUAGUGUUGUGGUCACCGGUAGAAAUGCCUCGCGGGUAGUAAGCGUUGCCCGUGAAGUACAACAUUUGUCACCAAAAAAAUUAAAGCCUCUGGAAGUAGUGGCUGAUCUAACAAAACAAAGUCAACUCAAACAUCUGGUUAGAGCUACUAUAGAACGGUUCGGUAAAUUGGAUGUAUUGGUUAACAACGCGGCCAUAAUGUUUCCGAUGACCACUAUUACCGACGACUCAUUAAUGCGAGAUUGGGACCUAAUAUUUAACACAAAUCUCAGAGCUAUUGUUGAGCUCAUACACGAAGCUUUGCCUUAUUUAGUAAAAACUAAUGGCACUAUAAUCAACAUAUCAAGUGAUGACGGAGUGGGACCGACACCACCACAAUUAGCAUACAGUACUGCCAAAUACGGUCUAAAUAUGUUAACUAGAAAUAUAGCACUCGAGUUGGGCUCUAAGGGAAUUCGUGUUAAUAAUGUUAUACCCGGUGGUACCCAAACUGAAAACACGUCCAAAUUGCCGGGUGUUUUGGAUUACUUUGCAAAUCAUGCGCCACUCAAACGUGUUGGACAGCCAUUAGAUAUCGCCAAAGCCGUAAUAUUUUUUGCCUCAAGUGAUGCUAAAUAUAUAACAGCUGCCGAUCUCAUAGUAGACGGUGGUAUUCAAUAUAAUUGGCCGGCAUAUCUCGAUGGACUUAAUGUUACUAAACAUACUAAUUAA